AUGGCGGCGAUCAACGACGACACGUCUCAAGCGGAUCACACUGAAGAGGCCGCCAUGGCAGCUCGAGUAUGCCUAUUCUGGGCGGCAAGAGAUGGAUUCAUGACGGGUGACGACAGGAAACAGAAAACGGACGCGCCCAGGUGCUGA